AUGGCCACCAAAUCUUACCUCGCGUUUCUCGACAACUCGACAAACGACAUGAUCACCUCCGGUGCAAAGAAGAUUCCCGGCCUGUCCGCCCUCCCGAGCUUUAUCCCCCAUCGCAUGCGCAGGAAAUGGAGGGCCACCCGGUCACGGAUACGGAGCAGACAAUCGCCAACCUCAUCUUUGGCCUCGCUCGAGACGUCCUUCUCUCCCGCCGACACCCUCCGAUCGCUGCGAACACAUCCGUGGUCAAUAUACGAUGGGCAGUACUUGAUCUUGGCCAUCGUCGCCAUCUUCUCCGUCUCCGUCUCUGAAGCGCCAGGUCCCUUCGCAAAGACUUUCUCCGCUGCGCUGCUCAUGGGAGGUCUCCUCAUGCCCAUUACCCGACAGUUCUUGCUACCAUUUCUCCCUGCUUUGACAUGGCUACUCCUAUUCUCUAGUUGCAAAUAUGUUCCCGCCGAUUACCGUCCCGCUAUCUGGGUCCGCGUCCUCCCAGCCCUCGAAAACAUCAUUUACGGAGCCAACCUGAGCAACAUCUUGUCCGCGCAUAAGCACGUAGUCCUGGACAUUCUCGCAUGGAUACCUUACGGAAUCGUUCACUACGUCUCCCCGGUCGUCGUCAGCGGCUGCAUGUUCAUCUGGGGCCCGCCCGGCACCCUUCCCAUCUGGGCACGCGCAUUCGGAUACAUGAACAUGACCGCUGUCAUCAUUCAACUCAUUUUCCCGUGCUCGCCCCCCUGGUACGAGAACACCUACGGAUUGGCCCCUGCCAACUACUCGAUCGCUGGAGAUGCUGCAGGAUUGAAGGCAAUUGACAAGCUUUUUGGCGUCGACUUGUACACCUCCGGUUUCCACGCAUCCCCUAUGGUUUUCGGUGCUUUCCCCUCCUUGCAUUCCGGAUGGGCAACCCUGGAGACUCUCUUCAUGGGUCACGUUUUCCCCCGCCUCUUCCCAGUCUACGUAUUCUACACCAUGUGGCUCUGGUGGUCGACAAUGUACUUCUCCCACCACUACGCCGUUGAUUUGGUCGCAGGAAGUCUUCUUGCCGGUGUUGCAUACUUCUGGGCUCGUGCCAAGUUCCUGCCCCGCGUCCAAGCCGACAAGGAAUUCCGCUGGGAUUACGAUUACGUCGAGAUUGGCGAUCCUCAAGAUGGACAUUACAACAUGCUCGACAUCUACGAGGAAUUCCACCCGCUAUCUGACUCCGACGACUGGGCAACCGGCUCCUCAUCCUCCUUCUCCACCCGAAGCCCAUCCGCUGGUGCCCGCUCCCCCGUGGACGAUGCCCAGAGCCUCUGGGACGGCGACACCGUUGCCUCCGACAGCGAAGCGCGCUAA